AUGGGCAUCACCCUCACCUCCCCCCCAAAACAAACCCUCUACUUCGCCUACGGUUCCAACCUCUCCCCGACCCAAAUGCACUCCCGCUGCCCCUCCUCCCCUCUCCACACUCCCCCCCUCGCCACCCUCAAAGACCACGAAUGGUUCAUCGGCGAGCGGGGAUACGCUAAUAUCCGUCCCUGUCCCGGGCGAGAGGUGGUAGGCUUGCUAUAUGUGAUGGACCCAGGGGACGAGGAGGGGUUGGAUGAGGCGGAGGGGGUGCCGUGGGCGUAUGAGAGGAGGGGGAUGGGAGUUGAGGUGCUGGGGGUGCUGGGGGUGCGGGAGGUGAGGGUGUUGGUGUAUCUUGAUCCGAGAAAGGGGAGUGGGAGGGCGAGUGAGGAGUAUAUUGAGAGGUUGAGGAGGGGGAGGGAGGAGAGCGGGGAGUUGGGGUUGGUGGUGGGGGAUACGUGGGGGGAGGGGUGGGAUGGGGAGUGA